GCCUCUCUCGCGAUCCACGGCCGAUCUCGAUCCACGGGGGCAUAUCAUAGAUCCUCGCUCGUAUCCCUUCCCCCGCGUAUUUCGCAGCAGCACCUCCACCUCCUACCAUGGUUUCGCCAUUUCCCUCUCUCUGCGGCGAGCCGAUGCACGAUGCAGGGGAGAAAGAAACGCCGCCUUCCGACCGGCACGUAGUUGUUCGAAAACCGCUCUUACCUGCGCCGUGUGUGCGCGCUCGGUUCAUCGUAUUCCGCGCGCGCGCGCGGCACCGAGAGAUCCGGGAUCGAACCGCGCCUCGCGUUUUCCGGGCCCGCCGGGGGAUGCCCCGACGCCGAUUUUCGCGGCUCCGCUUCUCGCGGGCAUGCGCGCGGCCGAUCGAUCGAUCGAUCGCGUAGAUCGUCGCGAGUGCUUCGCGAAUUCGCCGUGGGAUUAGUUUUACGGACGACGUGAUAACAGUGCACGUAGAACGGAGGGAAUUGUGCGGGAAAGCCUGACUGUCAUUCAAAGUCCAAGUCGGGCACGUUCGGCUGCCGCGAGUUGGCGCGCGCGCGCGAAAGUGCCAGCGAACGUUCGGGCCGAUACAUGUCCCCGACGUGCGCGCGAUUCCGCUCGAGAUUAGCGAGAUAUCGCGAAAGGCGCGUGCACGUUCGUUACGCCGCCUCGCUCGUACCCCCUCGCGCUUUGUGCCGGGAAUUAUCGAAUGCCCGUGAGUGACGCGAGUGUGCCAUAAUCGAAUCCCAUCUCGGGCCAUCCCAGCGCCGGGACGUAAUCUCGACUUAAUCUGCCCGAGUGAUUCGACAGGACGAGGUAGCUCUCAUCCGACCGGUCCGGCGGUAUCUGGCAUCCACCGCGCCGUCCUCGGUAAUCUUCCGUCAUUGAGACUCUCCGUCUUCAUCUAUUUUCCUCGUUAUUGAGGACUAUCCUCCGUUGCUCAAGAGGCUCCGGAGCGAGUCGCGUAGAAAAGACUCUCGAGAAUCAACGUCGUAAACGUAUGAUCGAGCGAGGUCCCGGGAGUAUCUUGGAGGCUGAAGCCUCGCUCCGGUCUCCACCUGUGAUCCGACAGGAAGAGCUUUCUCGUGCCCGGACAUCUCUCCUUUGACAUCCUCCGCCGGUGGCGAUUCCCGCGACUGCAGAGGGAGGACGCUUUUAAAACGCUUCGGAUUUUCAGCUUCCGCCUCGAGAUUAUCGCCGUCCGCAGCGAUCGUUGCGAACGAAAGUCCUUUCACGUUCUCCCCGAAGGUCGUCGUCGUGCAGCGAGGCGGAAGAGAUCAUUUCCAAUUCCUCGCGCGAACUUCCUUCGUUUGUGCGGACGCUCGAUCCGAGGCCUUCAGACGCGCCCGUUGUUCGCGCGACGGACCGCGGAGAGACACGUUUCACGGAGGAUCACUACGGUUUUCGCAAGUGAGGUGGGCGCGUCGCAAACCUCGCCCGGAGAGUCUCCCGAAGUAUCUCGGCGUGAAUAUAGGGGCCUGGACCGUCCACUCGCCUCCGAUCUCCGCGAACGGGUCGACAGAGCGAGGUGCCACGACGCUCCACGCCGAUACCAGUCCGGUAUCCUCUUCAACGUCGAGCGGACGCGAAAUGAAAUAAGUCCAGCCGUCACUUUCGAUGCUCUUGGAAGCGAAGAAAUUCGCGAGGAGACGCGCUCGGCUUUUAUUUUCAGGACACUUGGACGUCGUGCGUUAUCGCGCAUCGACGGUCGCAUCUUGGUAAUCGUUUCGUCGAAGCGAGGAUCUCCUCGCUCAUCGAAGGUCAUCGCGAAGUGAAGCGGGAGAGAGAGAGCGAGAGAGAGCGAGAGAGGGGCAGAAGGCCUCGCUCCCCCGCGUGUGAACUUUCGUCGAUUGUCGGCUCGGGGGAUCAGCUUCCGACGUGAUUCAUCGAGGUCGCCGGUUGAGCGGGUCAGGGACGAGGAAGGUGUAUCGGCUCGCACUCGCCCGGCUUCAGGUCGACGCACGUCGGUGCGCGGCAACCUGGAUUUCCGCGCCAUUUACCGCGGCAUCGAGGCUUCGGGCACGCUCGGACGCGUCGCGCUAUCUUCGUCGUCGUCGCGGCGAUAACGUUUCGCAUCGAUAACGAGGCUGUCAUCGGUCGCCUGAACUCGCCGAGCGUCCCGUUGAUCGCGGGACCAAAUCGAUCGGGACAGUGCGCCGAUCCCGAAGAAAGCGAGAGUGCGGAGGGGGUCGCGCAUUUUCGUCGGACGCGACAGCCGUUCGCAUCGAACGAGUCCGCGAAUUGUCCGUGCAAGAGGAAAGAUAAACGAGUUAUCGCGAGUAAGAGCCACGUAUUUCGUCGACUCGUAUUCAAUCGCGUCGCCGCGCGCCUCCAGCAGUUACGUAAGGACAAAGGAUCUCUUCGCGGCUCCUUUCUGCCCGGAAGAAGCGCAUUUGUGCGCGGGGGUAAUUAAGAGAUCAUUAAUAAAGCGUAAUGCAAUAACGGCGCAGGCUCGCUCGCGAAGAGAAUGAAGCAGCGGCGAACCGCUUCCGAAGACACCUCUAUUAUCUAUCGAACAGCGAUAACGUCGCGCACGCCGACUGACAGGUCAUUGUCAAUUACCUGCACGAGCGCGCUUAUUAAGGCGCUCGGGGGUUCGUUAAAACGGUAUCCCGCCGAUUAGACUCGCCGUGGAACAAGCCGUGGUCUGAGCCCCGAUACCUCUUCGCCGAGCGUCUCCGCUUCAGCCUCUCUUUGUGCCGCGCGCACCGAGAUAUACUCUUUCCGUCACGCUCGUCGCCGGCCGCCGAGUCAAAAGGACGACGCUGAAGGCGGAUGAAAUAUCGAGCCGAGGAAAUACCGAGGCGACACGCAAGACCGAUGCGAUACGCGUCCGUUCUUUCAGCGUUCUUUCGGUGAAUGGUGAUCGCGUCCUCCCAAAGGAAGAUCUCUUCCUUGGGAGAAGGAAACGAAGCGGAAAGAGAGACGCGUUGAACGCGAGCGAAAGGAGGCUCGCUCUCGUCGAGGGAGAUUUAUCGUCUCGCGAUUCGACGUCUCCGACGAGAAAACCGCCGCGCAGCCCAGGUACCUUGAAGAAAUGGGACUGGUAGAACGAGAAGCCGAGAUGCAAGAACUGAAUGCUCCUAGACCUGGAAGAUCGAGAGAUCUCUUCGGAGUGCAAUUGGAGGUUACUUCAUUACUCUUGGAGGGUGAGCGCCGCAAAUUGGCAGUCUUGCAAAGGGAAUUGCAAGCAGCUCUCGAAGAAGGUGGAAGCGUAAAGGUGAAGGAGAAGCAGCGACAGGAAUUGCUGCACGCUAUAUCGAAAAUUCAAGGACAACACGAGCAACUCGACAAAGAGUACAGGAUUCACGCUGCCGGUGUUCUCCUAUGCAACACGAGGGGCUCCGGAAAGCUGCUCGGUGUGGUCGCUGCUAGAAGAAUCUGGACAGCGCCGCUACGUAAACGUCAAGAUGAUACAAAGCUAACAAAGGAUCAUAAUUGUGUAUGCGUUUGGAAACAAUAAUAGCGUUAAAUUAGAAAAGUUUGGAGAAAAUGAAGCAAAAGCUUUUCGUCUCAUAAUGAAUUCUUCACUUCACUUGGAGACGCAGUUUACAAGCGAGACAAUCAAAUUUAAUAACUUUUUCCCAUUAAUAGGCAAUACUUGUGUAAAAGUAUCAAGUAUACUAAUUUGAUUUACUGGCAUUCCUCUUAUAUUCGAUACCUCGUUACGGUAUCUCCUCGAGGAUUACAAGGGCCGCUAUGUACCCGGGCUCGUAAGUUUUCAGCUUCCGUUAAAACCCACUUCCGGUAUAAGCUCACGAAACGAGAGACGGUAUUCCUCGCUCUAACGAGUUUUCCGCGUCCGUGAAUAGUUAUUCGUUGCCAAAGGAUUUCUCGGUUUUGCCAUGACUCCGCUGGAUUUCUGCCUUCGGGCACCUACGAAGGUGGCUCUCGUAAGAGCGGAAACGAGAUCGACCCUGAUGCAGGGCCACCAGGGUAUUAAUAUCGACACGCGGUUUAACGCUCGUAAAUGUAUCCAGAUACUCGGGCCAUGCGCCCCGCUACAUUUCUCGGAAAUCCCUGUCUUAUAUGAUAUUCUUGCAAACGCGUGCUUCCAUUAAUAGCUACGAUUUUAAUGGAGACGUUAAUGGUUCAACAUCUGAAACGCGUCCCUAAGGAAAUAUCCGCAUACGUUCCUAUCAAUAAGAUAGCUGCAUAAGGUUCACAGCGCAACUGUUAAUACUAUUACAUUUAUUGGCGUUUCUGUUACAAGUUUCCUUUACAUAAAUAGUUGUAACUAUUUUUUCUUGAUAUACCAACCCGAUAAGUUACGGGCGACGAUAAAUGGUCUCUUUUUCUAACACAAUAAGUGGUUUCAGCUUGUUAGCAGAGUUAAUCAUUAUCAUGGAUCUUUCUUUGUUUAAUAGAGCACAA